GCGACGUCGUAUUUAAGCAUCACUGGCCUGUGAUCGGUAGCCAUUAACAAAGCAAGGUUAGUAGUAGAAUCAACACAUCAAGAGAGAGCAAUCUUCUGUUAAUUCCUCGCUUCUUAGAAAAGCAAACUAAGUUUGAUUUUGUUGUUCUUUUUUAUUGGUGAGCGCGGUUGUUCAUCGAUUAUGUCGGGCAUGGAAAGGCUUCAAAGAAUGUUUGCGGGUGCUGGAGGAGCACUGGGCCAUCCACCACCUGAUUCCCCCACCCUCGAUUCCUCGGAGCAGGUUUACAUAUCAUCUCUCGCACUUCUCAAAAUGCUCAAACACGGAAGGGCUGGUGUACCCAUGGAAGUGAUGGGUUUGAUGUUGGGGGAGUUUGUGGAUGAGUACACUGUGCGGGUUGUGGAUGUCUUUGCUAUGCCUCAGAGUGGUACCGGUGUUAGUGUUGAAGCUGUUGACCAUGUCUUUCAGACUAACAUGCUUGAUAUGUUGAAGCAGACUGGAAGGCCCGAGAUGGUUGUAGGGUGGUAUCAUUCCCAUCCCGGAUUUGGAUGUUGGCUUUCUGGAGUGGACAUUAAUACACAACAGAGUUUUGAGGCAUUAAAUCAACGGGCAGUGGCUGUGGUGGUGGAUCCUAUUCAGAGUGUUAAAGGCAAGGUGGUGAUUGAUGCUUUCCGGCUGAUUAAUCCACAAACUAUGAUGCUGGGUCAGGAACCACGACAGACAACUUCCAACUUGGGGCAUCUAAACAAGCCAUCUAUCCAAGCCCUGAUCCAUGGCUUGAAUCGACAUUAUUACUCUAUUGCAAUUAAUUACAGAAAGAAUGAGCUGGAAGAGAAGAUGUUGCUUAACCUUCACAAGAAGAAAUGGACUGAUGGUUUGACACUUAUGCGUUUUGAUUCACAUUCUAAAACUAAUGAACAGACUGUUCAGGAGAUGCUAAAUUUAGCAGCCAAGUACAACAAGGCAGUGCAGGAGGAAGAUGAGCUCCCACCAGAAAAACUUGCAAUUGCUAACGUGGGAAGGCAAGAUGCUAAGAAACACCUUGAAGAGCAUGUUUCCAAUUUGAUGUCUUCAAACAUUGUUCAGACUUUGGGAAUGAUGCUCGACACAGUUGUUUUUUAGAGUUAAGCAUCAUCCACUGUAUUCUUCGUGAUUAUGUCUAACAGUAUUUUCAUUAGCUCGCUUGACUUGUUUGUUAAGAGAAAAUGUUUUAUUGCGAAGUGUUUUGCAUUUUGUGUUCGUUUCAAAUGCGGGAGCAAUUUGCGGGUCACUGAGUGAGAAUCAUAUUUUAAUCACUAUAAAUGUCAUGGAGAUCUUUAGUACAUGUGCAUGAGUUUUAUUUAUUUAUUUUUAUAAACGGUAUUGUUGACUCAGUUGAAAGACGGAGCCAUCAAAAUUGCAUGUGCAUCAGUAAAUUGGCUCUUGGUCUCCUUUGAAGGAUUGGGAUCCUCUCCUUUAUUGUUUAAUCAUGUGCCUGUCAAAUCUGAAAUGGAGAUUUCUCUUGUACUUUAGACAUUUGGUUUAUAAUUCUUUUGUAUUUUCAAUUUAGUCCCUCUUCUGAAUAAAUUAAUUUUU